AUGGCUGGCGCGGCCUCGCGGGCGCCGGGCGCCCUCCCGGCGAACGCCGAGCCCGACGUCCGUGGUCCCGCGCCCCUGCUGGCCGCGAGCCCGGGGUUUCUCGCCAGGCGCGCGCGGGGCGCGCGGACGCGCAGCGCCGAGGAGCACCUGGCGGCAGUGGAUCGCUGGUUCAGGGUGCUGGCCGCCAGCCGCCCGGGCGAGGCGGCGCGGCCCGCCGCGCCAGAGCAGGACCAGCUGUCCACAAACGCCGUGCCGCGCACGGGCGAGCGGGGCGGGCCGGGCGGGGCGGCGGCGGCCACGGGCGAGGCGCCGCCGCAGCAGCUUGUGGAGCGGCGGCAGCAGCUGCCGCAGCAGCAGGUGCACCUGGGGGGCAUGGGGCAGCAACACGGACCGCCGGGAUCGCAGCUUCUGCCUCAGCAUGCGGACAUGCAGGCGUCACGGCAGCCAGGCGCACAGGCGCAGCACGCUGAGCAGCUGUCGCCGGCGCCGGCCGUGGCUACUGCGCAAGCAGCUCAGGAGCGCAAGCGGGCCUACCAACAUACGGCACUUGCACAGGAUCAGCAGCAGAAGCAGUUACAGGCUGAGCAGCAGCAGCAGCAGCAGCAGCAGCAGCAGCAGCAGCAGCAGCAGCAGCAGCAGCAGGCUGUGGCUGUCUCCCGUCCUGGGCUGCCUCCGCUCAACGAGCCCUCCAACAGGCCUCCCGAGGACGCAGGCGCGGCCAAACACCUGCCCGCUGGCCGGGAUGCAGGCGCAGGCCGCACGCCUGGCCGCGCCGCAUCCAGCACUCCGCCACCCCUGGCAGCCUCUGCGCCCGCCGUGGGCCUUGGGUCGGGCGCGAGCGCAGACGCCGCCGCCGCCCGCGGGGCCCCGCCCCCGCCGCCAGGAGCGCUCGAUGGGCGGCUGUCCAGCAGGGCGCUCUCGCCGCCGACUGCUGGCGCGCACCAGCAGUCCGACAGCGGCGUCCUGCUAGGGUCAGGGGGAGGGCCUGGCCUAGAUGCGGAGGACUCGGGCAGGUCAGUCGGGACGGCCGGCGCCGCGCAGCCCAGCAGCGAGCCAGGCGCGCGCGCCAGCACGCCGCAGCCGCAGCCGGCGCAGCCGGCGGGCGAAGACGCGGCGCCGGGGGCCGCUUUGGCCGCGGCCGCCGCGGCACGCCGGCCGGCGGGCGGGCUCGUUCGUCAGUGCUCGGACGACGUCCUUGUGGGGUCGGUCGUGUCCGCGGCGACCGGCGCUGUGGCGGCUGGUGAGCCAUCUGGCGGCAGCUCCGUUGCAGGGGGGGCCGGCGGCGGCUCUCUGCAGGCGACGCCGGUCAAGCUGGCCAGGGGCGCCGGAUGCGGGCUGCGGGCUGCGGCCCAGGCGAGGGGGUUGGUCAUGAGCCCGGAGCACAGCGUGUCGUCGGCGCUGCAGCCCGGGGCCCAAAGCCUGGCUCUGCCCGUGACUGUUAGCAGCCCCGAAAGUCCAGCCGCCCGUGCGGCGCCGGCGGCUCGCGGCGAGCAGCUGCCGGCCACCGCCGUGGCGGGCGGCAGCUGCGAGGCAGCUCGCGGGGAUGGCGCGCCCGCGCAGGGCCCGGAGGGAGCGGCCGCGAGCGCGGAGGCGGAGGCGGAGCCGGAGGCACGGGCGGAAGGGCAGGCGAUCAGCAGCUCUCAGGCGCGGCUGCGGGCGCUGUCGCCGAUUGAGGAGGAGUCCUGCCUGACCGCGGGCAGCCAAGAGACAGCGCAGGGCCAGGGCGCCGGGCCCGUGGCCGCUGCGCAGGAGGAGGCCAGCACCUAUGUUCUGCGCAAGACCUCGAGCGUCGAGACGGCCGACCGCGCGAUGGCUGCCAUCAUCCGCGCCGUCACCUGCCACGUGGCGACGCAGCCCGACGUCGCGCUCUUUGCAAAGGUGCUGUCAAACGAGGUGGAGGAGGAGUUCCACCAGGAGCAGCAGCGCCACCGCCAGCGCUUCAUGCGCGUGGCUGCCGCCGCCCUGUGCCUGCCAUCCGGCACGCCCGUGACGCCGUCCAGCGGCAGCAGCAGCGGCGGCGGCGGCGGUGGUGGUGGAGGCGCAGCGGCCGCGCCACAGGCGGCGCUGCAGCGGCGGCUGCUCGAGCCGCUGGCUGCGGACGAGGUGGCGCGGGUGCUGGAGGGGUGGUGCGCCGGCCGGGGGCGCGACGAGGCGCAGGGCGCGGCGGCGGCGGUGCAGCGGUGGGCGGCGAGCCACUGCCCCGGAGGCUGCCACACGCCGCUCUCGCUCUGCAACGCGCUGCUUGCUUGGGAGCUGCGACAGCACGAGGCGUCCCUGGAGGCCGUUGUCACCCACUUCCGCGCCGUCGACCGCUCCGGCACCGGCGCCCUCACCUCGCAGCAGUUCCGCCGCUUCUGCCGCCGCCUCAACCCGGGGGCCAUGAGCGACGACGAGGUCGCGGAGCUGUUCAGGGAGCUGUGCCCCGCGCCUGGGCGCUACUCUGGCGGCCUGGGGUACCCCGCCGCGGAGCAGAGGGUCGCGUUCAGCACGGUGGCCUCCAGCCUGCUGCAGGCGAUCCGAGACGCAGAGGAGGGCGCGGGGCUGCAGGAGGGAGCGUGA